AUGUCUGAAUAUGGCACUAUGUUUUUUUUAGAGUUACAGAUACGAGAAGUGUCGGACGAUAUAGCAAAACAAUCGCCUUGGCGUCGGCGUACGGCUAUUAACUUUGGUCUUGGUAUUUUUGGCAUUGUUAAUCAUAUUGCUAGUAGUUUCGAUGUUUAUGCUGACAUUGGUGGUCGCAAUAUUGAUCGCGCCGGUGAGCUCAUGAUUCCACAAGUCACCACAACACCCAUUGAAAAUGAUUAA